AUGAGCUUUGGAGACCGCUACACUUCGUCCUCCUACAGGAAGAUUUUCGGGGACUCUCCCAGGUUUCCCGUCUCCUCCUCUCGCAUGAGCAGCGCCUCUUCUCGGGGCCCCUCAGGCCUGAGAUCCAUGGCUCUAUCCCGCAACAACUCGACGUCCAUGGGCCUGUACAGAAGGGUCGGCCGCUCCUCCACCUCCUUCUCUUUGGUGCCGAGUGACUCUCUCGAUUUGGGGCAGACCUCUGUAGUCAACAAUGAACUAAAAGUCAUUAGAACCAACGAGAAAGAGCAGCUGCAGGGUCUGAAUGAUCGCUUCGCUACGUUCAUUGAUAAAGUCCGGCACCUGGAGCAGCAGAACAAAAUGUUGGAGACGGAGCUGGUGACUCUGAGGCAGAAGCAGAAGGAACCGUCCCGCCUUGCUCACACCUACCAGCAGGAGAUGAGGGAUCUGCGGUCACAGCUGGAUGAGCUGAGCAGGGACAGGAAUCGCAUCCUGAUCGAGAGGAACAACAUGGAGGAUGAGCUGCAGAAACUCAGUGUGAAGUAUGAUGAGGAGAUGAGGGGGCGGGAGGAAGCGGAGCAGACCUUGAAGGCCUUCAGGAAGGAUGUGGAUGACGCCGCGGUCAUCCGCCUGGACCUUGAGCGCCGUCUCGAUUCCAUGAUGGACGAGAUUUCCUUCCUGAAGAAAGUCCACGAGGAGGAAAUCCAGGAGAUGAGAAGCAUGAUGGAGGAGCAGGUCAUGGUGGAGCAGGAGCUCACCAAACCGGACCUCACCUCAGCCCUGAAGGAAAUCCGCAACCAAUAUGAGUCCAUCGCCUCCAAGAACCUGCAGUCGGCCGAGGAGUGGUACAAGAACAAGUUUGCUAGCCUCAGCGAGCAGGCCACCAGGAGCAACGAUGCCAUGCGGGCCAGCAGGGAGGAAAUGAAUGAUUUCAGGAGGCAGCUGCAGUCCAAGACCAUCGAGAUAGAGACCAUGAGGGGCGCCAACGAGUCUCUGGAGAGGCAGAUCACAGAGAUGGAGGAUUCGCACAAUGCUGAGGUCACAGCAAUGCAGGACACCAUUGGCCACCUGGAUACCGAGCUGAGGAACCUGAAAAGCGAGAUGGCGCAUCACCUGAGAGAGUACCAGGACCUUCUCAACGUCAAGAUGGCCCUGGACAUAGAGAUAGCUGCUUACAGGAAACUGUUGGAGGGGGAGGAGACUCACUUUAACUCAGACAUGUCGUUCAGUGCGACCAGCUACAGCUACGGCCCGCGAGGCCAGGCCACCUCCUCCAGGAGCAGCCAGCGGGAGAAAGGGGGAGCCUCCAAGGAAAGCUUCAAGGAGGAAGACAAGGACGAUGCAGACAUCAACUCCAACAACUGAAUACACACAUACACACACAGACAGGGGAGAAGAGAUGUACUGUAUAUGUUGUAGGGAGUUCAUAGUCACACUGCAUCUGUACAGAAUAAGAG